UCCUCCGACUCACCGCCGGCCACCGCCACUCGGAAGCAUCCCCGAGAACCUCAGCCAACCCACCUGCCUUCUCCCUCGAGACGCGCACCGCCCCCUCCUCGGUCCCGGGUUUUGCUUUCCUCAGUCUACGUCCGUCAAGCCAGCGCCAGCGUUUGCCAGGCAGGGUGGGCAUCAAGAUGAAGGCGGCCCGCUUCGUGAUGCGCAGCGCCGGCUCGCUGAGCGGCGCCAGCCUGGUGCCCCGCGAGGUCGAGCAUUUUUCGCGCUACAGUCCGUCCCCGCUGUCCAUGAAGCAGCUCCUGGACUUUGGUUCAGAAAAUGCAUGUGAAAGGACUUCCUUUGCAUUUUUGCGACAAGAAUUACCCGUGAGGCUAGCCAAUAUCUUGAAAGAAAUUGACAUCCUCCCUGAUCGAUUAGUCAAUACCUCUUCAGUGCAAUUAGUUAAAAGCUGGUAUAUCCAGAGCCUGAUGGAUUUGGUUGAAUUCCACGAGAGAAGCCCAGAGGACCAGAAAGCUUUAUCAGACUUUGUAGAUACCCUCAUCACGGUUCGAAAUAGACACCACAAUGUGGUUCCCACAAUGGCACAAGGAGUCCUAGAAUAUAAAGAUGGCUGUACAGUUGACCCAGUCACCAAUCAAAAUCUUCAGUACUUCUUGGAUCGAUUUUAUAUGAACCGUAUUUCUACUCGGAUGCUGAUGAACCAGCAUAUUCUUAUAUUUAGUGACUCACAGACAGGAAACCCAACUCACAUUGGAAGCAUUGAUCCAAACUGUGAUGUGGCAGCUGUGAUCCAAGAUGCCUUUGAGUGUUCAAAGAUGCUUUGUGACCAGUAUUAUUUAACAUCGCCAGAAUUAAAGCUCACACAAGUGAAUGGCAAAUUUCCAGGCCAGCCAAUUCACAUUGUGUACGUUCCUUCUCACCUCCAUCAUAUGCUCUUUGAACUGUUCAAGAAUGCAAUGAGAGCAACAGUUGAACACCAGGAAAAUUGGCCUUCCCUUACACCAAUUGAAGUGAUUGUUGUCUUGGGAAAAGAAGAUCUUACAAUUAAGAUUUCAGACAGAGGAGGUGGUGUCCCCCUGAGGAUCAUCGACCGCCUCUUUAGUUACACGUACUCCACUGCACCAACGCCUGUGAUGGAUAAUUCCCGGAAUGCUCCUUUGGCUGGCUUUGGUUACGGCUUGCCAAUUUCUCGUCUCUAUGCCAAGUACUUUCAAGGAGAUCUGAAUCUCUACUCUUUGUCAGGAUAUGGAACGGACGCCAUCAUCUACUUAAAGGCUUUAUCUUCAGAGUCUGUAGAAAAACUCCCCGUCUUUAACAAAUCAGCCUUCAAACAUUAUCAGAUGAGCAUUGAGGCUGAUGACUGGUGUAUCCCAAGCAAGGAACCGAAGAACCUGGCGAAGGAGAAAGUGGCUCUGUGAAAAGGGACACUCGGGACACUCUAAGGGAUCAAAGUGGGCCAAUGCCAGUGCUGCUUCUUGAAUGUUUGUGUGUGAACUCCUGUUUCCUCAGAAACAAACAAAAGCAACGCCUUGAUCACAACAGUGAUGCAAAAGGAACGACAUCCGUUCUGUGAUCCAGGAGAGUGUAUCGUAGGCGUUAACAGAUGGCCAGUCUCCAUUCUUUUAAUGUAGCCCAACAUAUGAGCUCAUAUCAAAUCCUGAAGCAGAAGAAAGCCUCAGGUGUCCAUCUCUUUAUCCAUAAGAAUGGGAAUCGAGUGAAGUGAAGAUAUAAGCUAGCAGUUUCAAUAGACUGAUAUUUAGGCCUCUGGUUGAUGGCAUCAGACGCUGGUAUUUAUUGCAUGCCAAAUGUCAAUUGCCAGUAUUUCCCUGCCAUCAAAGGGUUGGGGCAUAGUUUACACUAUGUGAUUAGACACAUACUCACAUGUACAUUUCAUACAUUUCUAUGCGCUGUAGCAGGGGUAAGCUGGUGACUGAAUAACAUUUACAUUGAAUGUUAUUGGAAUGAGUAAGAAAGAGUCAAGACAUUUCAUUCAGAGUUGCAGCCAAGGCCUGGGGCCUGUGUAAAAACGCAGAAGAAAGCCUCUUCUGAUAAAUCCAGUGUCCUCAUUAUGCUGCUUCCUGUUCACACUUCAUGUAAUAAGUGAACAACACAAUAUUGCCAGGUGCCUGCCUAGUCUUGAGUGAGUUUUAAAAUACGCACCGAAUUCAGGAUGUCGGCGGUUAGCAGGGGCGGGGAGAAUUGCCAAAGUGGUAACAACAAUAUCUCUCACCUUGCUUUGUUUAUAAAUGAAAUGGUAGAUUGGAAAAGCCAAUGUUAGGGAACGAAAUCAUGAAUUCAUACCCUAACUCGGUAGGAGGGGCUGUUCUCUACUCUGCAGUGGUGGUAAUGAUGGUAUCCAUUUUCUAGGCUUAAUAAGAUAUAUUUUCUUUGUAUUCAAUUUAUCCUCUACACUCCUGCAUUAACCUGUCUAUAAAAACAAUUUCUAAUUAUCAAACGGCUUGAGAACAUUAGAAUUUAACUACUUUUGGGGAUAUUUUUAACAAAUAGCCUGGGAGUACGAGGUUUUCAUGCCAGGAUGCUUUCAUCUGAAUAGUUAAGAGAGGACUGAUAAAUGGAAGUUGUAAUGCAUAUGGAACUUUUGUGGAGCUCAAGUAUAAUAUGCAGGUUGAUAGGCAGUCUAGCAUAUAGCUCCCGCAAAAGGAAUGGAAAAACGAAGGAAGGAAGGAAGAAAGGAGAGAAGGAAGGAA